AUGAGUGGAAAUAAUGACUAUGAGAAGUUGCAACUCUCUAAACAAGAUUUGAGGUAUUUAUAUGGUCAAAUACUUAAUAAUACAACGUCAAAACUUGACCUUCAUUUACCAACAUCGAAUAAUGACCCUUUGAAAACGAAAGUUGCAAAUUUAUUGGACGACUUUAUAUUAGAUGCAUUCGAGAUGGCCAAACAGUCUAUAAUGAUAGAUGGAUACGAUAUGUCGGGCAGGAAGAACCCAAAGCCUAUAUCUGAGUUGUUAUCUUUGAAAUCGAAAGAGAAAAUAGAGCCGUUUGACUUCGAGCUAAAUGCACAAUUACGGGAUGUAUUGGAGCAUGUUGAACAGGAAACGAUACAGGUGAGUAAGCUUAGGAGGGAUUUGCCCUCUCGGGCGAGGGAGACAUAUGAUAGUUUGAUUUCCGACACUGAUAAAGACGUUUCUACAAUACUAGCAGAAUUAGACUCUGAAUUACAACAAGAACUACAUAAUGAUGAUGAUGAACCCGGUAAAGAUGAUUCGUUGAUACCGAGAAUUGAUUCGAUCGUUGAGGAUUACCAACAAGCAUUCUUAAUACUAAAUAAUCUCAAGAGGAAGAUACCAGAGCAAAAGUCUGAGCUAGAUAAACUAGACGAAACUAUACAGCUCUUGGAGACGGCCUAUAGGCGGCAGCAAAGUGAAUCUGGUUUAUGA